GUUCAAUAGUCAGUGCGUGUGGUUGUAUAGAGAAUGAUGACGACCUAACAUCAUACUUCAAGCUAUGGCGGACAAGAAGUAAUUUUAAGCUCGACUGGCUCAAGGAAUAUGAAAGUUAAACUACGCACCAUUGGCGUUGUCAUCACACCUUGGAUAAGGUUUCACAUGUAAUUCCAACAAUUCCUGCAACGUCAGACAGUGUGGAGUCGAGAUUGACUUCACUGACGUUUCAGCGUGAGGCUCAGUACGCAAAUGGCUUCGUAUAAAGACAUUCUAAAAGAAAAAGAUAACCAGAACUGGCUUAAAGGAUCCCUCGCCUUCAGGAUCACAAAGGCUGGCCUACGAGGCCUAGUUGAGGGGGACUCCCGCCGCGUUCAGCAAAAGAUCCACUCUUCAGUCCUCCAACCCAGGCACCACACUCCUGGGCAAACAUGCAGCCUCUGUCAGACAGAAAAUAUCUUUCAGUGUCCAACAAAAGGACUGUGCUCACAUCCGCGAAACUGCAAGUUCCACAACUCUCCAUUGAAGAUAUACCGACCUUGCCCCUCACAGAUUUGCGAUGUCUUUCGGGAUGAAAUAUGGACUGCCCACAGAUAUGGUGGACCGUCUUGGAAGAAUACCAAAGCCGACCAAUGGUGUACAAACCAUUGGGAAGUUGCAAAAUGCUUUAUGCCACCGGAUGGCUACUAUGAUGUCACUUCGUACGACGAGACAGACUUUAAUGGUAUCAUUAGUGUUAUGAUCAACUGUACGGAGCUCCAACAGAAUAUGUCGUUCCCUAUUAGCAACCAACCCAACACAUUAACUGAGGCUCGUGAUAUAGGCCGCAGUAUUCGCCAUUCCCCGGAUCUCAAGGUGACAGACACAGACCUAGCUGGCUACUUCGCCACUUUGAACACGCUUCUGACAGACUCUACAUUUCUGGCAAAGGACAAGGAUGCCCAGCAAGCUGUCCUUGAACUGAAACAGCUUGAAACAGACGCACUUCCAAUAUCAACCGAAGACGUUCGUGAACUAUUAGAAGAAGCUAGAGCGACGAUAGAAGCUGGCAAACGUCAGAUAGAAACCGGAAAGAAAGAGCUAGAAUGCGUUGUGUCGCACGGUAAAACUGCCAUUGAAACUGGAAUCCGUAAAUUAGAUGAAACGGUGUCUCAGGGCAAAGCGGUCAUGGAAUCAGGUACUCGUCGACUGGAAGAAAAGUUUUCGGAGUGUCAGACUGUCUUCGAAACCAGAAAGCUUCAACUAGAAGAUGCAAUGACAACUGCUAGGAUGGCUACAGAAAGAGGGAAACUCGAGAUUGAAGAUGCAGUUGCAAAGAGUAGAGACGCUGUUGAAGUCGGUAAAAGAGAGGUGGACGAAGCCUUGCAGAGGAUAAAAGCCGUUUCUUCCAUGUCAGAAGCAGAACAAAGAGAAGAUCUACGUCAACGGCUAGUCAAGUUUUAUCAGAAGCAACUCAACAGCGCACCCAUAUCGCCCCUGCUGUCGGACAAGGCCGAGAGGCUGGAUAAGUUUUACGUCCCUCCGAAGAUCGUGGCGAAAGACCAUAGAAGAGUUGGAGACGAUCGACAACACAACGGUUCUCCUAUUUCCACUUACAAACAGAUUUUCUAUACAGAUCAGGGAUUGGCCAAUACAGUUUUCCUUGUCGGCGAGGCAGGGAUGGGGAAGUCAUCAUUUUCCGCUAUGAGCACAAUAAAGUGGGCUUCACAGUUUUCUGUAUCGAUUAGAGACUCUGCAGAAAAGGGUUUUGAUCAAGAUGAAGAAGAGAAGAACCCUUUUGAAUGUCCGCUAUUGAACGACAAGGGUUUAGAUCAGGGAAUAGGAGUGAGGAACGUCUCUGCUUGGAGGUCAUUGGAUGGCUCCGUACGUUUAAAAUUUCAUGUCCCAAAAGAAUAUCAUGAACUAUUACGUUCAUUGUCUGAUAAUGAUAAACCGUAUGUACAGUCUUAUAAGAAGGAAUUUUGUGAAUUAUUGGCAAAGCCUAUGUAUGAUCUUCUUCAAGACGAGGACACUCUUAAAGAAAUCGAGUUUAUGUUUCACCUUAAACUGAGAGAUUGCUGUGAAACCUGUGAACUGUCAGACAUGAUUCGAGAUCAGCUCAUCAACAGUAUAUACCCUCCAGAAGAGAGGGUCGCUGGCUACUCAACACUAAAUCGUGUGUUGUCAAACCGAAAGUGUGUCAUCAUAGCAGAUGGGCUGGAUGAAUGGUCGCAUCCUACUGAAACAAAGUGUGGAUGUUCGCUAGAAGACAAAGCUAUUCCUCAUUUAUCGCAAACGUUGGAUGCAACUGUUUUGAUAACAUCGAGACCCUGGCGAAUGUCCCAAACCCGUGUUAAAGACACAAAAAUAGGAACAUACUUAGAAAUAAAGGGAGUGUUAAACACACAGCAAUUGGUUCAGAAAACGCUAAUUUGCAUGAAUGAACGAGUUGCAGAAAAGAGAAGAUGUCUUGAUUUUAUCAUAUUUGUUGCCAGAAAGAAACUUAUGCAUCUUAUUUCAGUGCCUAUCAUAAUAUUGUUGCUAGUUUGUCUGUUGAUUGAGGGAGUACAUGAAUCAUUGUCGCUGUGUGACAUAUACGCAUACAUGAUGGACAUGAUGUUUGGGAGAAAAUCGCUCCCUGUGCCUAGGGUUGCGCCCGAAAGCACUCCGUUGCUUCAAUGUUUCAAGCAAACUGAACAUGUAAAAAAGUACUACAAUAUCGUCUUGAAACUGGCACAACUUGCCUUCGAGAAAUUGUUUUCGAGGGACAAAAAAUCAUCCCUGGUGUUUCAAAAUGUAGACUGCUUGAAACCAGAGGAAUUCCUGUUCGUUCUGAAGUCGGGUGUCAUGCGAGAAACAAAGUCUCAAUCUCUAAUUAGAAGAUCAUCGAGUUUCUCAUUUAUCCACAAAACAAUACAGGAAUUCCUUGCUGCAGUUCACAUUGCUUACCAUACCGAAGAUAUUCAAAGAAUAAUUAAGCCAAAUUAUCAUGAAUCAAUUCAGGAGUUCUUAGGUUCAAAUCAAUCAUUGGAGAAUGGUUCAAUGAGAAAGUCUGAUGUCUCGCAGGUUUUCAUCUUCAUGUGUGGUCUAAACAGAAAAGCUGCACAAGAUAUUUCUGAUAUGAUGUCAAUUGCUGUACUGGAGCACCGUGACUGGCAAGGUGCUUCAUAUAUGCACUGCGGGUUGGGUAUCGAAGUACAACACGCAAUGUGUUCUGGUUAUAGAGAAUCAAAAGCCAACAAUGUACAGAAUAUUCAACUGACACUAGUUAGCCUUUAUAUUCAUCAUCAGGCUAGAGAUUUGCCAACCUUAAAAACCUUGAUUUCGAUGAACAAGUCUCAGAUACAACAUAUAUUUAUCCAGGUUACACCGGAGAAGAUCAGCGAAGAGGAGCUCCAGGAUUGGUUCACCAGCUCAAAGGACACACUUACUCAUGCGGAAAUAAAUUACCGUGUUGGACAAUAUGACCUUUCUGCUUGCUGCCGUCUACGUUAUUUGUCAAUUGAAAGCACCCUGACAUCGAAUAUCAGGAUAAAUACGACAAGUUUAGUAGUGUUGAAGUUACAGGAUGUUUCGGAAAAGGUUGAAAGUAGUAUUUUACAGUCAUUAGAACACAAAUGUGAGCAAUUGAUGACAUUCAACAUUGGACGUAUUAAGAACGUUAGGUCAUUUUGUAAGACACUUCCCAAGCUGAAUCAUUUAAAAGAAAUAAGGAUCGAUGAUACAACCCUCGGCGAUCACUCACUACUCCUCCCGCCCUGUGUCAACGUUGUUAACAUGAACGUCGUGAUAAUGUCACCGCGAUGCUGGAGGGAUCUGGAGGAGAGGGUGGCGAACUGCUCUCACCCUGUGCAUCUCUUUCGUUUCUGUUGCACUUCGAAACCGAUCGCAUAAUUUGAAGACAUCAAACGGUGUUGAUGCUGUUGAUGAUGAUGAUGAUGAUGAUGAUGAUGAUGGAUUUUUUGAGUUUAUAAGAUGAUUAGAUUCUUAAGUGAGAAUGUGAACUUUUUAUUGUAUGCUUAAACCUUUAUGUUGGUUGGUAUUUAAUGGCAAUCGUGCACUGAAGUAUUGAUGACUUUAAGCCAUUCCGGAAAUAACGUCAUUAACAAGUUUAGGGCGCGCUUCCGUCGGACUAGGCCAACAGGACGGUCAACAGCUUCAAAUCAGUGAGUGUAUCAACACCUGUGAGAUAUUUUUUGAAUCUCGCUGAUGACAUUCUACAAACCAGCGAAAAGCAUUAAAUAAAAGGAAUGCUUUGUAUAAUACGUUGUAAUGCUUAAUAUGAAUAAAUAUAAUAUUCAAUAUGCUAUAAAAUAUUCAUCCUGAUAAGCAAAGUAUUUGGAGAAGAACUUUUUUGAAAUAUAUUUAUCUUUCGUUCUAAUCCUUUUCUAGAUUGUACAUGUGUUUUCUGUUUGUCUUUAUCUUAUGUGUGUCCACGCUGAUGAAUAAAAUUUGUUUAAACUAAAGUAAUAUUUGUUUCACAAAAUGUUGAACCAAAGGCCGUUUUAUGGUUUCCUUCCUACAUUUCCUCUAUAUCAUAUAAUAUUUUUCAAGGAUUUAAUGUAUAUUGGUUUGUUUACCCCGGGUUUUACUAGGUGAAAGUGGGUGGUAUUGGAAUCACGUGCGUCGUUAUAUGAUAUGCCGUGCACAAGACCCAUUUUCCAACCUUCAAGAUCAAAGUAACUUCUGAACUAUGUUUUGCUAUAUAAGGCACACUCAUAAUAUUUCGUGUCGGGUCAAUAUCUUUCACCAUAACAUGAGGAUGUGUUGCGCUCAACGCCUAUACCUUCAAUCAAAG